UGGCUGACUCUAAUACGAACGACGCCACUAGGGGGUGGGCCGAGGAAGGGCGCAAGCGCACUGCGUUCCGAGUCUCGGGACCCUUUUCCGAGAGACUAUGGCGCUCAACAAGAAUCACUCGGAGGGCGGCGGAGUGAUCGUCAACAAUACCGAGAGCAUCCUGAUGUCCUAUGACCAUGUAGAACUUACGUUCAGUGACAUGAGGAAUGUGCCAGAGGCCUUCAAAGGGACCAAGAAAGGCACCGUCUACCUUACCCCGUACCGGGUCAUCUUUCUGUCCAAGGGGAAGGAUGCCAUGCAGUCCUUCAUGAUGCCGUUUUAUCUGAUGAAGGACUGUGAGAUCAAGCAGCCUGUGUUUGGAGCAAACUACAUCAAGGGAACAGUGAAGGCUGAAGCGGGAGGUGGCUGGGAAGGCUCUGCAUCGUACAAGUUGACCUUUGUGGCAGGGGGCGCCAUUGAAUUUGGGCAGCGGAUGCUACAGGUGGCAUCUCAAGCCUCCCGAGGUGAAGCCCCCAACGGAGCCUAUGGUUACUCUUACAUGCCCAGCGGGGCCUAUGUCUUCCCCCCACCAGUCGCCAAUGGAAUGUACCCCUGCCCUCCUGGCUACCCCUGUCCACUGCCCCCAGCUGAGUUCUAUCCGGGACCUCCCAUGAUGGACGGGGCCAUGGGGUACAUGCAGCCCCCGCCGCCGCCCUACCCUGGGCCCAUGGAGCCUCCGGUCAGCGGCCCCGAUGUCCCCUCCACUCCUGCAGCUGAAGCCAAGGCCGCCGAAGCAGCCGCCAGCGCCUAUUACAACCCAGGCAACCCACACAAUGUCUACAUGCCCACGAGCCAGCCUCCGCCGCCUCCUUACUACCCCCCAGAAGAUAAGAAGACCCAGUAGACCGCUCACACCCACCUCCUCCCGCCUCUCUUUGCUCUCUCCUCCCCUCCCCUUGGGGCUGAGUCUGGGGUGGGGGGCGGGCCUCUUCCUUUCUCCAGGUCUGAUUAUAAAGCAGUCGCCAGGAACUAGCCUGGCAGGGGGAGGGCCCCUUGACUUGGAUGAAUAUAAAGCAGUCGCCAGGACCUAGCCUUGAGGGGUGCGGGGAGCGGUGCCUCCCAGCUUCCCACGUGAGCCCAGAGCCCACAGCGCUUCCCUCUCAGCAUCCCCGGGGGGCGUCCGCCUCGUUCCUGUCCUGCUCUCAUAGCUUCUACCCACGGAGGGACUCUCUGGCCACCUCCUCCGCCGCAGUCCAGCUCUCUCGUUUUGUAGCCACUUUAUCCUCACGAGCUUUGCCCUCCCCAGGGACCCCUGCCAGGCCCUACUCACAUUCCAUCCACCUGGCUGUGGAAGGCCACCUGUCUGCCGGACUGUCAGCCUACGUUCCAUUCCCAGCCAGCCUCAGCCCCCGUCACGCUCGCCUUCCCUUCCCUGUCCUUGGUCAUCCUGUUGCCACUGCUUUUGACUUCUGGAGCUUUCCCACGAGCCACCAGGGGGUGGGUGGCGUGAGGGCCAGGCUGCUACAGCUGGGGAGGGAGCCCCUCUGCUUCCCUGCUAGUUUUUCUGGAAUUUGUUUCCCUUUGCCUUCUCUCUUUUCCCUCUAGAAGGGGCUUCUUGGACUGGAACUGCAGAAUGCAUGUCCACUUGGGGGCUGCCGGGAGGGCUGGGAACAGACCCCUGGGGCGCUGACCAUGACCUCUCGCCAGCCCCUUAGCCUGCCCUCUUCCCUUUAAGCUUCUUGCCUGGUUGGUGAUACGCCCCCUGGAUGCACUAAAAUUCGCUCCCGUUUGCUCCUGGCCUGGCUGUGAAGAGAGGAGAUGGUUAUUUAAAGAGAAUUCCCUAUUUAUUUGACAAAAAAAUUCAGUUAAUAUAUUAAUGUGAAAUAAACCCUGUUUGCACCUUGA